AUGUUGCAGUCGUUGAAAUCUCACAUGGAUUUAAAAGUGGGUCCAGGGUUCCAAGAUCAAAGUAGCUGGUCUUUAGCUAUAACAGGACAUUUAAACUGGGGGGUGUUAACAGAUAGAGCUUCACUACAUGGAAUGAAAGUGCUUAUGGUUAGAAAGGGUAAAUCGUCUGACCUCCUAUUCACAGAUGAAGAGGAACAGAUGAAGAGGAACAGAAGAAGAACAGAUGAAGCGGCGCCUACAGAACAGAUGAAGAACAGAAAGAAGUAUGAAGAACAAGUGAAGAAUGCUGAAGAAAAGAUCAACAGAUGA